CUAACUCAGCUCAUUAAAGCAUACCACAUAUGCCCAAAAUGGAGUUCAUCACCAUUCUAAUGCUCAUCUUCCUCUACCCCUUUGCAUUAGGUGAACUCAGGGUUGGAUUCUAUAAUUCCACCUGCCCCAAAGCAGAGGACAUUGUGCAUGAUGUUGUUCAGAGGACAUUCAACCAGGAUAGAACCAUCACCGGCGCCUUGCUUCGCUUGCACUUCCAUGAUUGCUUUGUCAAGGGGUGUGAUGCGUCCAUAUUAAUAGAUUCAACAAAGGGCACCAAAUCAGAGAAAGAAGCAGGACCAAACAGAACUGUUCGGGGAUAUGAACUCAUAGAUGAGGCCAAAACAAUCCUCGAAAAAACAUGUCCUUCAACGGUCUCGUGUGCAGACAUCAUAACACUCGCCACACGAGACUCAGUGGCACUAGCAGGUGGGCCCAGAUACACUAUAGCCACAGGAAGGCAUGAUGGGCUCACAUCCAAAUCCUCCGAUGUGGACCUUCCAGGCCCGGACCUCUCUGUCUCAAAGGUGCUGCAAGCGUUCACCGCAAAGGGCAUGAAUGUUAGAGAAAUGGUGACCCUUUUGGGGGCCCACACCGUCGGGUUCACCCACUGUAGCUUCGUGAAAGGGAGGCUCUCGGACCCGAACAUGGACUCGGAUUUGCAGGCCGGGUUGGGAAAGUUUUGCGGUGGGAAGAACGACACGACAGUGUUUUUGGAUCAAAGGACGGGUUUUGUGUUUGACAACGAGUUCUUUGGCCAAAUGAUGAAGCAGAGAGGGGUGCUUACCCUGGAUCAGAACCUAGCUUUGGAUCCUUCCACGAGGGGUGUGGUGUCGGAGUUUGCGGAGAAUGCGGCGAGUUUUCGGGAGAGCUUUGUUGAUGCGAUGGUCAAGCUUGGAAGGACUGGUGUUUUGCUAGGGAAUCAAGGAGAGGUUAGGAGAAAUUGCAGAGUUUUUAACAAAAUGAGUGUAGAAUGAUCAAAAUCAAUGUUCUAUUGCCUUAUUACUUUUGUUAGUAUUACCCAUUAAUUAUCGUAAAGCAAGAAAAUAAUACUUAUCAGUGGCUUUUAU